AUGGAGAAGACACUGGAGAAAGAGCUAGCUAAAGUUAGCAAUCUGGAAAACCUGAAACGCGAUUAUGAAACGAAGUUGCAAGAGAAAGAUGACCAGCAGCAACAGCUUUUACAGCGUAUUACGGAACUUGAAAGCACAAAGCAGGCAUUAGCUGAGGAUCAACAACGAGCCAUCGACGAUCUCAAACUACAGUACACAACCCUAAAUAAGGAUUUAGAACACGACGAUGAAUUCUCGAGGAAACGUAUAGAUGAUUUAAAUACCGAAUUGACCAGUCUGCAAGACAGGAUAAUUCAAAUUCAGGAACAGAUCGGUCGCGAAGUUGAAGCGAACAGUACUCUAAAGACCAACAUAUCGGAAGCCUCCACUGGUUUUGCAGACGUCGAAAGCGAGUUACAUUCGUUAAAAUCCAAAGUUGAGCAAACCGACGGGACUCUACUUGAGCGGCAAAAGAAAAUAGAGGCUUGUGAUGAUCAAAUCGUAGCGAUGAAAUGGGAAGUCCGGCAAAUGGAGGAACAGUUACGGGAAGAAGAAAAAAUGCGUCGCAAACUACACAACACCAUCCAGGAAUUGAAAGGAAAUAUUCGCGUCUUUUGUCGAAUUCGACCGAUACUAGAACAUGAGAAGCAGCGAGGAGUGAACAUGGCGAGCAUCCAUAUAUCGGGCGAAGAUGGAGAAAAUAUUGAAUUAUUGGAAGAGACAUACAGUUCACUUGGCAAAUUGUCCAAGAAAACAUAUUCAUUCUCUUUCGACAAGGUAUUUGCUCCAGAAAGCACUCAGGAAGAUUGCUACUUGGAAAUCUCUCAGUUAAUCCAAUCUGCGCUGGAUGGCUAUAAUGUCUGCAUUUUUGCGUACGGUCAAACGGGCAGUGGAAAGACUUAUACAAUGGAGGGCGUACCUGACGGAAAUAGCCAGCCCUCUGGUAUGAUUCCUCGUGCAGUUGAGCAAAUAUAUACUAUGGCGCAGAAACUGCAAGAAUACAACUGGGAAUACAAUAUGGAGGGUCAAUUCAUGGAAAUUUACAACGAAACUAUCCAUGAUCUCCUGGGCGAUCCAACGGAGUAUGGAAAAAUUAAACACGAAGUGCGGCAUGACCCAGAUGGAAAAACGAUAAUUACAGAUAUAACGACAGUGCCUUUGGAUUCGAUGGCCAAGGUUAGCUACAUGCUUGCUAGAGCGAAGCGAAAUCGUGCGACGGGUGCUACCAAUAUGAACGAACGGUCCUCUCGAAGUCACAGCGUGUUCAUCUUGAAAAUCUUUGGCCACAACGUAACCACGGGUGAGCAUUCAGAAGGCACCUUGAAUUUGAUCGAUUUAGCCGGUUCGGAGCGACUAUCGGUGUCAGGUGCGACAGGAGAGAGACUGAAGGAGACACAAGCAAUUAAUAAAAGCUUGAGUUGCCUUGGAGAUGUGAUCCAUGCAUUGAUCAACAAAAAGGAAGGAAGUCAUAUUCCUUACCGAAAUUCCAAGUUGACCUAUCUUUUGCAAAACUCCCUAGGCGGCAAUAGCAAAACACUCAUGUUUGUCAACCUUUCUCCUUUGAGCGAACAUUUUGGAGAAACUCUGUGCUCACUUCGAUUUGCCACCAAGGUCAACUCUUGCAAAAUCGGCCAUCUCAAAAGAACCAUAUACUGA